AUGCAUUUGUGGGACUUGAUGAGGGGUGCAUGGUAUAUUCUCGAAUCUUACCCUCAUCAUGAGUUGGAUGAUGUUAUUGAGAGCCUUCCAGAUCUUGUCAAGGGCACGGAGUGCUACAUGCCAUCAGAUGCUUCGAGGAUUGAACUCGAAUCGCUCAAUGAGGUGUUGGCCAAAGCUCUUGUUGUGUUGCAACAACAACAAAUUCUAGAUGAGAGUAUCAUAUCUGCAGUAGCGGGUUUGAAGAAUAUCGUAGUAUCCGAGAGAUUGGUGGUCUCGGUUCCAGGCCGUAUGGAGCUGGGAGAAUUUAGGGAACAAAAUGCAUUCGUACCUUGGGCCCCAGUGACCAUGGCCCCUGUCUACCACUCAACGUUUGUCCCUGACUACCCCCCAACGUCUGUACCCCACUACCACUCAACGUUUAACGUUACCUAG